AUGCCCGGGUCACAUCCAAAAGCCAUCAGCAAUGGUGACGAGGACUCUUCAUACAGUGAUGCCCAUUUAUCACAAUUCUUGCAGCAUAAUACCCAAUCCUUACAAGGCGCCUCGACUCCCGGUUUUGCGUCCAGUCAGCAUGGAACGACUCCUAUCCCAUCAUACCGCGCCAGUUCAGUUUUCGGUGACCUUUCAGCACUGCCGAGAUAUUCCCCGCCCACAGUCCUGGAACCACGGCUUUCUGAAUCAAACAUGACCUUGGCCGAUCCGUUCCGCCCUGCCACAUCGCAUGUCAGAGAUCGCAGCCAGCACUUAUUGUCAACGUUCCAGGGUACUCUUCCCGGAAAGGAUAAUGGGAGCGCCGCGACUGCUUAUUCGAGCAAUAGUGUACCCGUCGUAACGCCGACAGACCAUCGAGAUCAGUCUGCCCGCAUUUCGCACAAUCAGGUCGGUUUACGGGACAGUAUCAGUGACGAACAGGCAAUGGUAUCCAAUGAAGUACAGAUCGUAGAGAUAUCUUACCUCUCACUAGCGGUGCUUCGACAAUACUUGUACGCGAUAAAAGAUCCCUCAAAGCUUCCGGGACCCAAUGAGUUGGAUAGACAGCUGCAGCAUCCAGGAACGAGGAAGAACCUGGUGAAGAACAUGAAGCUACUCGUGUUCCACAAUUUUGUUAGGGAACGCAAUGGUCUCGAACCUACGACUGCAGGAAUUUGCCGCACUUGCCUUGCUGAGCGUGGCGUAUUUUGCGUUCCACAUGGUCAAAUACCUGGUCAGGGUUGUUUCUGCCCUCGGAAGAAGACCAGAGGCAAGAAGCACUCCUUAGUACCGAAUGUCAAACCUAGCUUGGAACUAUCGUAUUGGGUAUGGGGCUCUGAUUUGUCGGAGAUGCUUGAGAAUGUUCAUACUUGCUGGAAGACGAUCCGGACGAUCUUUCUCUUUGAAAUUACUACAGCGCUUCUGUGCCCAGUACAAGUAUGA